AUGGCAGCUAAUGUUACGCAAACUCCAUUGAAUGGCCAAGGCAGGCGUCACAGUGAUCGAACAAAAGUCAAUAUGCGUGGCCGUGCUGAUUUCCUAGUUCCACGGGCGAAUCUAUAUAAACGAAUGUAUAGUAGCGCGUCGAAAGCUUCAGCAGAACUGAACGUCAACGAUCAAUUUGUUCGGGCAUGUGAAAACGGUGAUUAUAGUACAGUCCACCGAAUUUUAAAAGAAAACAAUAAAUUUAACAUCGAUGUAACUAACCAGUUAGGUCAGACAGCAAUUCAUUUGGCUAUUGAAAAUGAACAUCUAGAAGUUGUUAAUUUACUUUUGACUCACUGUGAUGGACAAAAAAUACGUGAAGCCAUCCUCCUCGCGAUCUAUCUUGGCCAUGUACAGAUCGCCGAAGCAUGUUUACGUCAUCCGAAGUUUAAAAUUUUAAACGAUCGACGAGCACUUACUGAUGCAGAAGAAUCCUUUUGGCAAACACCGUCGUCUGAUGAUACACAAUUCGCACCGGAUAUAACACCGCUGAUCUUGGCAGCACAAUACAACCGAACAGAACUCGUCCAACUGUUAUUGAGUCAAGGUGAUCGCAUCACAAAGCCACAUGACUAUCAUUGUAAAUGUAAGGAAUGUCGAAAUCGGUUUAAAUUUGAUUCGUUACGUCAUGCUCAGUCACGUUUGAAUGCUUAUCGUGGUUUGGCAAGUGAGAGUUAUAUUAGUUUGGCGUCAAUUGAUCCGAUUCUAACGGCAUUCGAACUCGGCCGAGAACUGAGAGAUUUGUCUGGAAAAGAGAAGUACUUUAAAAAUGAAUAUAUGAUUCUAGCGGAUCAGUUGAGUGCAUAUGCGGUGAAAUUAUUGGAUAAAGUUCGUGGACAUCAAGAAUUGGACUGUGUUUUGGGAAAAACUGGCAAAGAGUCAGAAGAAAAAUAUGUCUUAUUAGCAAGACUCUAUUUAGCCAUCAAAUAUAAAGAAAAACCGUUUGUCGCGCAUUCGAAUUGUCAACAGAAACUCGUCGAAAUUUGGCACAGUCAACUACGCAAUCUAUUCAAAUUGAAUCCGCUGCUCAUUCUUUUACUUAUUAUUUCAUAUAUCUUCAUAUUACCCUUUGCUUGUGUACUGUACAUUUUAACAUCAUGGUCAGAUUCGACGGCGAAAUUUCAGCGAUUUCUUCGGCAACCUUACAUCAAAUUUCUCGGUCAAACGAUCACAUACGCAAUGUUUAUUGUGUUGAUAAUUGUCUCAAGUUUUCUAUUCGCGGAGGAAGUAUCUAAGCCGCUGGAAAAGCUAAGUAACAUUUCUAAUCUUUCACUCGCUCUGAACCAAUCAAGAUAUGAAAAAAUGAAUUUCAAUAAUUGUGAAAUUUAUCCCGUUGAUGAUAUGAAAUUCCGAGCUGAUAAACCAACAUGGAUUGAUAUAACCAUUUCAGUUUUCGUCAUUGGCUUUCUAUGGCGUGAGAUCAAACAAGCGUAUAAUGAUGGUCUGCAAGAUUACCUUCUCUCAUGGAACAAUAUUGUCGAUUCAUGUACAACUGUUCUAUAUAUAUCUUCAUUUACAUUGAAAUAUUAUGUUAUUAUAAAAGUUGGAACCGCUUUGAAAGUUGUACGUCAGUAUGGGUUUGUACAGAAUGUUUGGCAGAUCUGCUCUUUGAAUGCCACGGAACAAGGAAGCAUUUAUCAAACAUUCUAUUGGUUAAAUGCUGAUCGUUACUAUUGGGUUUCAUUAGAUCCGAUUAAUGUUGCUGAAGGAUUGUUUGCGAUUGCCAAUAUAUUAAGUUUUUCUCGUAUUUGCUUUCUUCUACCGGCAUUUCAGCAUUUGGGACCAUUGCAGAUUUCCUUGGGUCGAAUGAUGUCUGAUAUCGGAAAGUUUAUUAUCAUAUUUUUAAUCAUCUUCAGCGGUUUUAUGUUUGGUUUGAAUAAUCUAUUUUGGUACUACAACGAUCGAGUGCGAGAGAAAGUUGAAAUUCAUCGUCAUGAAGAAAUCGAUGCGGAAGAAUUCUUCGGAACAAUGUCGGCUACAUUCAAAACUGUCUUUUGGUCAUUAUUUGGUUUAGCUGAAAAGGAAGGGGUACAGUUAGGAUAUUAUGACAAUCCUUUCACUGAAACCAUCGGAUAUAUGAUCUACGGUGCAUUUAAUAUUGCCAGUGUCAUUGUCUUAUUGAACAUGCUUAUUGCCAUGAUGUCCAAAUCGUAUGAGACAAUCGAAGAGCAUGCCGAUGUUGAAUGGAAGUUUGCACGAAGUAAACUGUAUAUGGAAUACAUUAAAGAAGGUGGUACAUUGCCAGUGCCUUUCAAUAUCGUUCCGACGCCAAAAAGCAUUGGCCGUUUAUUUCAUCGAUGUUAUUCGUGCAUAGUAAAAAGAAAGGGAUUCGACAAGGAACCAGUAGUUGAACAAACAAUGUCAUCAACAAUGCGACGAGGUACACCACAUGGGUAUCGUAAAGAAGCUGUGAAUGGGAAUAGUCUAGCCACGGUGUCUAACGGGCAACUCGCGAGUAUAAACAUGAAAACUACACGCCCCCGUCACGGUUCGUUUGAAGUUAAUCAAACUUUAACUUAUCGGAAAGUUAUGGAUCGCAUGAUCAAACGGUUUCUCUUGCACAAACAACGCGAAGAGCAAGAAGAAAUUCGCGAAGGUGACUUCGAAGAAUUGAAACAAGAUAUUCAGAUGCUACGCUUUGAAUUACUCAAUCGUUUGGAAUCGACACGCGAGGAUUUAUACAAGAAUAGCCAUUUAUUGAACGAGGGUGUCAUGAUUGUUGGUGAACUUCUAUCCGUUGCAUCAAAUGAUCACAGCUCAUCAAUGAAGGAGAGCUUUCGUUUGUAUAAAAGAAGCGUUUACUCGAGAUCGGACAGCGGGCUGGAAUCAAAUACAUCGACUUCAACGGUCUUAUCAUUCUCGAAUAGUUCUCAAGCAGUCACAUCACAGCUGUUGAUGACAAAAUCAAACUCUGCACCGACUUUAACGCAGCCAGGAUCGGAUUUCAAUCCAUUAGAAGCCAUUCGAUCGAUGGCCGCAGCACACAUUGGUCUCUCGAAAAUCAUCGAAGAAGAAGAAACGCAAGAUAGUUUACAUAAAUCGAUAAAAUACAUCGACGACGACGAUGAUGAAGAAGUCGAAGCUCAACAUGCAGCUGUCCAAACAUCAAACGAUCAGAUCGAUGAGAGAUUCUGUUCGAAAUUUUAA